GGAGAGCGCAAGUACAUUUGUUCGCUCUGUGAUAAGGGCUUCAAGCAACUUUCACAUUUGCAACAGCACUUCCGCAUACAUACGGGUGAGUGCAAAUCUUUUGAUUAGCAGGUUACAUUUGUUUCGUAUGUUAUCUUGCAAUUAGUUGAUGCGCACACACACACACAUACUAUACUGUCCCAGGUAGUGUAACUGUCAAAAUUUAAAACAAAAGAUUUUAAAUUUUAGUAGGUAUAUGAUACUAGAAUCUGGUUCAAACCAAUGCAGGAAGGAAACAAUCUAUGAAGUGAAUGAUAAUAAAUUGAAUAAAAUUUUAUUGUAAUUGUAUUUUUUGUUAAAAAUUAAAAAAAAAAAAUAAAAGGCCAAGAGCUAAGUAUAUGUGUUAGAUAUGAAAUAUAUUAUGUAGGUCAAACAGCCGUUGUCUUCCUGGUCACUACAGCAGCAACUUGGCCAUGUAGUAUGUAGCACCUUGCUUAUAGAAUAUAGGCUAUAGAGCGGUGAAAGGAUCCCUAAGUCAUGAACUGAUAAGGAGACUUAAUUUUAUAGAACCAUUUAGAUCUUUGGUGACAGUAUUUAGCUCCCAUUGCCACAUGUCCAGUCUGUACAGCCAUUAUAAUUAAAAUGUUUUAUUAAAAGAUUGCAACUUCGGAGAAAAAAUAGCUGUUAAUAAGGUCAAGAAUUUAACUUCAGUAUUUAUCUUUAUCUCUAAAAAAACCCAUUUUUUUCAACAAAUAUUAAAUUUAAAAAAAAAUGAUUUAGCUUCAAACAAGUAGUUAGCCAGGAAAAAACCUAACAAAAGUUGCUGUGUUAAUUUGUUAAGCUUAGUUCAUUAUUGAGCACAACACAUCGCGACAGACCACACACACACACACCUCACACUUGAAGAAACACUAUUGAUUUGUCUCCUUUUGGUCAACUCCUAUUUGUUUUUUGUUCAUGGUGGUUCCCCUCGUCUUGUAUUUCUCAGACGAGCGCAAGUACAUCUGUUCUUGUUGUGAGCGAGGAUUUAAGCAGCUUUCACACCUACAGCAACAUUUUAGAAUUCACACGGGUGAGUCAUUUUAAGGCCAUUUCACAACAGGAAUGUUCCUAACAAAUCAUUCCUGCUGUUUUUGUCUGUCUAUUGUUUGGGGCGAGAAAAUUUAGCCCAGAAAGUUUAUCGUCAUAACUUCAGCCUGGGGAAAAUUCACAGAAGAAAAUAUAUUUUCAAAACUUCAGUGCUGGGAAAAUUCAUCGUUGAAAAUUUAUAGUAAAAACUUCAUCUCUGGGAAUUUUCAUUGCACACAAUUUAUUGCAAAAAAAAAAAAUGGCAUGCUGAGAAAAGUUGUAUGUAAAGACCCAUUAAAAAGAAAUAAACCUGCUUGACAAGAAAUGACCAAAAACAAUUUCACUUUAUGAUAACUGCUACAUCAUUGAUCAGCUCAAUAGCAUUAACUCCGUCUUUCAGUUAUAUUUCAUAUAUUUUUGGGACUCAGGACUAUAAAGGUUUUUUUCAGCACAUAUGUUGAAAUAAUUUAGAAAAAUUCUUUAAAAUAUCUUUAAGAAACUAGAUGUACACCCUGGGCAUGAUGUAAGGUUUGUUAUUUAGUAUAAAAUAAUCCACAAUGAAUUUUCCCUGCAACCAUUGUGAUUCAAUGAAUUUUCCAGACAGGUUCAUUAUAUUACUCUGAUACUCUAGGGUGGAGUGUAUUAGUCAAACUUGUCUUGUCGCAUCCAAACCGUCAAAUUUUUUAAUUUGUGGUCUCAAAACUAUAUGUGUGUUUGUUUUUUUUUAAAUACAAAAGAAAUGAUUAUGUAAAUAUAUGUGAUGUCUUUUCAACAUUUUUGUACUUGACUGGCUGGUCAAACACACAUCAAAAUACUUACAGUUCAUAAGCCUUUUUUUUUCUCUCAAAAUGUUCACUGUGACUGAAAAUAUCCUAAUUGCAGCUGGGUUUAGUGUUGAAUGUUGCUCUUGGAUCUUCUUAAAUUUCAGUCUGUUAGGAUAACCUGCCGAGGACAGUCCCCUGACCACCACUUUAGUAGCACUGGACUAAGACUAAGACAAGUCAUCAUUUAAACUACUAAUUAAUCAUGAGAGUGGUAGGGCUAGACAAAAUAUUCUUAGCACUUCUGUCAAAUUUUUCUGCUCCAGCAAUUCAUUUUGGGCACCGUAAUGUUUUUUUAUAGAGGUGUAUUUGGCUUCAUUAAAAAUUUUGUUUAUCUGCUCAUUAUUUUUUGUGAAAUAAAAAUUAUAAUUUAUUCCCUGAAAUCAAAUAAUAGAAAAAAAAUCUAUUUGACAAAACAACGAUUUGGAGUUAGAAAAUAUUUAUUUCUCUUAUUCGGCUGCUUAUUAAGUAUUAUUUUUAAAUUGAAAAGGCUAUUAUAAAAUUUAAAGCAUGUAUUCACUGAAUGCUGGCAAGCAUUUCACGGGAAGUGUCAUAUUGUAUUUUGUCAUGCCCUGUGACUCAUUUCAGUCUUCAACCUUGUCAGCCUCUUGGGGGUUAACUUAAGCUCCAUCCUUCGAAAGGCACCCCUUGAAGGUACCAGGUCCGUCAACCCCCACCCCCCCUCCCCCCCUCCCCUCGAAUGUCUAUUCGACCCACAUCACCGUUAUUUUUCUCUCACUUUCUCUCUUUGUUUCAGGUGAGCGAAAAUAUGUUUGUCAGAUUUGCAACCGUGCAUUUAAACAAAUGACGCACUUACAGCAGCACCAUAGAAUACAUACUGGUAAUGGCUGUCUUACACACCCAGCUGUAGUAGACUUUGGUUCCAGUGCUUGCAUGCAUCAAUGAUUUUGUUGGUUUUUUUGCUUAUUUUUUCAACAGAGAUGCUAUUCGAAAAAAAAGUUUUGCACUUCCCGUUAUAAAGAUGAAGCUUACUUCUACAUAAAUAAGCAUGCAGACUGAUCAGCUUUAAAAAAAAAAAAAAAUUGUUUAAAAUUGCCUUUCAGGUCAUUUGAUGACAUCUAUAGUUACUAGCAUCUCUGAAACAAUUUUUGUGGUUUAAACUCUUUUUUUUUUAACUUACCCUUGUUUUACCCACACACACGCAUAACCCACCUAACAUUUGGCCUGAACAAAAAUACCAAACGUGCUAUUGCUUCAAGGUUUACUGUGGUAGAUCCAGAGAGAGUUGAACACCAUGAUACAAAGAAGUCUGCAACAUUGCAGGGUUCCACAAUUUCAAGUUAGGUUUGGAUACUUCUGUGUGUUUUACCAGAAGCUUGACAAGUUUUUGUAAAGGGGGGUGGGGGGGGGGGUGUUAUAAUGAUUUGUGUUGACUCUGAAUCUACCACAGUGCCUGCGUACAAAUUACUUAGACAUUUUUUUUUUUGUCAUGGUAUUUAGUUUUUUGUGUUCCUUUCAUCAACCAUACCAAUGUUGGGGGGGGGGGGGGGGGGGUGUUAUAAUGAUUUGUGUUGACUCUGAAUCUACCACAGUGCCUGCGUACAAAUUACUUAGACAUUUUUUUUUUUGUCAUGGUAUUUAGAUUUCUGUGUUCCUUUCAGCAACCAUACCAAUGUGCAUCAAGUAUGAAUUUUUUUUUCACUUUGUUUCUUUAGGAUUCAUUCAAAGUUUUUGUUUAUCACAGCUAUUUUCAGUGUUUGAGAAUGUGUUUUUCCCCAUUUUGUUAUUUCCUCUCAUUGUCACAAAUACACUGCACUAAAGAACAGAGUGAAUCUAUGGACAAAAUACAUGUCUGAUUUCUGUCAUAAAUUACUGGGCAUGCUACAUGUCUGAUUUCUGUCUGAGAGAGUUGAUGAAAGUUUGGCUCCAUGUAUGAAUUUGAAAACAUCCUUAAUUCAUUGUAAUCUCGAUUUUUUUGUGUUUCCUCCAUAGGAGAGCGCAAGUACGUUUGCCAGAUAUGCAACCGUGCAUUUAAACAAAUGACCCAUUUGCAGCAGCACCAUAUCAUACACACGGGUAAAUACAUUAGGGCUCAGUUGUAUACUUCUUUAUUUUUCAUUCUGGUCUUUCUCAAUUGUUUUUUUUCUAAAAAUACAUUUGAAAUUUAUAAAAGAUAAUUUAUGUUUAGGUUUCUUUUUAAAAUGUGAUUUGUCGCCAUUUAAAAAAUUAGUUGUAGGGUUUAAUAAUAAUGUCACAUUGGAUAAGUGAACAAUUUUAAAUUGGACUUGCCACAUUGGAUUAAGGACUAAUUUUAAAUUGGACUUAUUGUUUUGUUUUAAAUGGCCUUUGUCAAAUUUGUUCAAUGUUUCAUUUUAAACGUAAUUGGUUGCACAGGAUAAUUUUUUAGCUUUGAAGAAAAAAAAAAAGAAAAAAAGAUGAACUCAACAAUUAUAAAAGCAGUUAUAUAUAUAAAGAUAUAUUCAAAUUGACAUGGCUGAAAACUGCUUAUCCAUUUCAAAUAAAGCAUUGAUUUUUUUAAAAGUGCUCUCAAAAGUUUUCAUUGUUUUUUUUUUAAUGUUUCAAACUUAUCAUUUUGGUUAAAAAAAAAUGGAUUCCAUUGCUCAUAAAUCAUUUUAUGACAUCGUGAUCAACAUAAUGUAUGAACAUUUCAUCAGCACUGAUAAUUUAAUCAAAAUGAAAGAUUUGAGCUUUGUUUUUUUUUUUUUUUUAAAGCAGCUGUUAAACUCACUUUUUACCCCUUCAGUUUUAUACAUUUAUUUUUUUUAAAAGCAGGAGUGAAAUUUAAAUUUGAGAUUGGCCUUUUCAAAAAAUAAAGGUAUCGUGAUCAACAUAAUGUAUGAACAUUUCAUCAGCACUGAUAAUUUAAUCAAAAUGAAAGAUUUGAGCUUUGUUUUUUUUUUUUUUUUUAAAGCAGCUGUUAAACUCACUUUUUACCCCUUCAGAUUGAUACAUUUAAUUGUUUUAAAAGCAGGAGUGAAAUUUAAAUUUGAGAUUGGCCUUUGCAAAUAAUAAAGGAGUUUACACUAGUUAAUCAACAGUUUGUGGUUGUCUGGUGGUGACCAAAUGUGAUUGGUCUAUUACAACAAUUAGUUGAUGUCUCAGGAGAGAUGUGAAGCUUAAUAUAUUCUAUUUAAACAAUUUGUUGUUUGGUGUGAGUGCUGCAUGAAUGAAUACAGCAGAAAUCGAGCUUACACGGCCAAUACACAGCCAGUUACAUCACUACCUACAUUUUCUGUUCCUUUAUUUUUUUGUGAUUUAUUUUUUUCCUAAUUAAACAUUUUUAUUUUCCCUUUUAAAGUAAAUUGCAUUAACAGCAUUAAAAGUUUUACAAAAUAAUUCUGGUGACAGAAGAAUUGCAAACACGCUAGAUUUUGGUAAUCAUGUUGACAAGUCUUGUUUUUAAAGCUUGCAUGCUCAUCAGCUUGAUUACAUUGUUGAAGCUGUUAUUGUCGUGGUUCAAUUUAUGUAAUUUACAAAGGAACAAAAAAUAUCUGUGCAGAUGUAAUCUCGAUUUUUGUCUUUCCUCUGUCAGGGGAGCGCAAGUACGUUUGCCAGGUGUGCAAUCGUGCAUUUAAACAAAUGACCCAUUUGCAGCAGCACCAUAGAAUUCACACAGGUAACCCUCUCACCUCGACAUCGGGUACCCUGGUUCAAGGAUAUAUGUUGUUAGAUUAUAAUUUUGUUUGCAGUAAAAAAAAAGACCCCCCCCCCUCUCCCUCUCCCCCUGAACUAUUGCUUAAUGUUACGGCUGUGCAACUACUGAUAAAAACCAAAAAAAAAGUUUUUAAAAAAAGUAAAAAUGUAAGUAAUCAGUCUUCAUUUGCAAAAAGUGUAUGUAUAACUUGAAAUUGUAAAGACUAAUUAAUGGAUGAGUCCUUGGAGUUGACAUAAAUCCUUGAGACUGAGGGUACCACUGUAUGUUACAGGUCUGGUCAGUUUUGUUCUAUGAGUGCCUGUGAGUGCCUGUGAUAUUUACAUGUCGCCUUAUAACAGUGUCCAAAGUAUGUAUUUAAUGGUGUCUAUUACAGAAAUCAAAUUUGCGAGAGAGAAAAAAACAAAACAUUUUUGAGUCUGAACUUUGACCCCCCAAUGUUCAGUUCUAUGUCACAAGGAAACUUAAUUUUUUUGUCAUUUUUAAAAUAUAAAUUUUAUUUUGGUAAUAAAAGAAAAGAAUCUGACUUGAAAAUCUUUCUGCUGGCCAAAAUUUCAAUAUUAUUUAUCUGGUGACAUAUUUGACACUAAUGAUUUGAUUUGAUUCUUCUUUCACCAAUACUCGAUUUUUAAUUUUGUCAAAAUUCAUAAAGAGCCUUUGUGCCAGACUUAACAGUAAAACUGCAACAUGGGACAUUCUUUCGAUUUAUAAAUGUGAAUUGUUACAAUCUUACAUUUGUGUGCAUAUCAGGCUCAGAAAGGGACUGUACUCUCGGUUUUUGUCUUUUCUCCCCUAGGAGAGCGCAAGUACGUAUGCCAGAUUUGCAAUCGAGCAUUUAAGCAAUUGACACAUUUGCAGAAGCACCAUGUUAUCCACACGGGUAAAUAGCCAGGCCUCCUGUGUCUGCCAGUCUGUCCUGUUUGUCUUGUUCAACCAUCUUAUCUUCACGACUGGCGAUGCCAGACAAAAAUCGAGGUCUUAAAAUUUUGAGUCUGAGCCUUAUAAGCAAAUCAGGAGGGAAAAUAACAAAUGAUGGGCGAUGUUACUUAAAAUUGACUCAUGACAUGCUUAAAUCAUUAUUGGGGGAGAAUACAUUUCUUUAAAAAGUUGACAGAAUUUAUGCAUAAAAAUAUUGGUACAACAAAGAAGAUCAACUUGCAGGGUGAUCGUGAUUGCAGAACGUCUGUUGAAAUAAACAAUUUAAGAAACUGACUAAAGGAAAGUGUAUUGAAAACUUUACGAGAAACAUUUUCCAAUGGUUCAUCAACUAGACAUUUAUUUUCAUUUAAGAUUUAGUUUCUUCUUAUAUAUUUAUUUUGAAACUUGACUUUUUACUUUUUAAAACAAGAACAUUUUUAAAGCAUCUUUGCAAUUAAUUGCAAAAAAGAAUGAUUCGUGUUCAUUAAUAUAAGGCUUUGAGAUGACAAAGUAAAAGUACAUUGAAAUAAAAAAAUAGUGCUCUUGUAUACAGCUGUCUUGUUUUGACCUAUAAAGGAGUAUGCUGAUGAGAACUAGUAGCUUUAAAAAAUCUUCACUUCUGCCUACAUUUCUUUCUCUUAUAAAUUUUGAUACGGAAAUUUUCCUAAGGAAUCAGACUCGAAAUUUAAGAAUAAUCUCGAUUUUUGUAUUUCCUCUCUAGGAGAGCGCAAGUAUGAAUGCCAAGUUUGCAAUCGUGCAUUUAAGCAAAUGACACACUUACAGCAGCACCAUAAAAUACAUACUGGUAAUUUGCUUCAUAUGUUCUUGUCUUAUGUGGUCUCACUUUGUCGGUCCUCUUGUCUUAUGGGGGCCAUGUCUUGUUUGGUAGUAUGUCUUGUCGGUGAGUCUGAAUUUAAUUGCUGUUUUUUUUAAAUUUAAAAUUUUAGAGUUGUAUUUGGGACAAGGAAGCUACAAUCUAGUACUUUACUACCUUAUAAAUAUUUAAUUAAACAAUAUCCAAGUAAUAAAUUAUAAAUAGGAAUUCAUUUAAUGCACAAUUCAGUUUGAUGUAAGAAAACAAAUUAAAUUAAAAAGAAGUAAAUUUUCUUCCAAUGCAGAUACAACAUUUUAAAAUCAUUAUUUCAUUUUAAAAACAUGGCAUGAAGACACUGAUUGUUGAAUUUUGCUAAUUAUUUUUCUCAAACUUUCUUACAGGAGAGCGCAAGUAUAUUUGUCAAUGUUGUGACCGUGGCUUCAAACAGCUGACCCACCUACAGCAGCAUUACAGAAUUCACACUGGUAAGGUCACAGUCUCUGUCCAGCUGGCCUACUGCCAGCCAAGGAAACUUUGCGUGUCCACAUAUACUCCAGUUUCCACAUAUAAUCCAUCAGAUGACAGGAUGACCUAGAAUGUGUGUCCACAUAUGGUCUUGUGAGGUUCCCUGGGUAUUUUGAAUCCUGUUUUGAUUUACUUGUGUCCAACAAUUAUUUUAAGUUUGAAAUAUUUGUCUUAUUAAGAGUCUGUUAGCUACUUACAUAAUUUUGGUGUCUGUGUGUAAAACCUUAAAGGAUUGUUACUUUUCUUUCCUUAGAAGAUUAACAUGGUGAUUGAUGUAAUUGAAAAUGCCAUUUGCUCGGGUGAUCACAACAACCUUUAAUAAUUUAAACUGUUAUUAAGGAGAAAUGUCAAGGGAAGUAAGCAUGAUUUUAAAUCAAUCCAUGAGAAAGGAAGAGUUGUCCACUCACAAACCACCUCAGAUUUUGCAUUGACUGACUUGCUUUGAACCAAGAACAGAAGCUUAAAGUUAUACUGGUAUCUGAUGGAACAGGUCUCAAGAGCAGUGCACAGUGGACACCCAUCAGUCUGAUGGAGCAGAUAUCAAAAAUGGCACAGGGACACCUAUUUUUCUUCCCUAGUCAUUCAAGAAAAUUUUGUGGCUAUUUUCUUUCUUUGAAUAGCGGUACCGGUAUCAAAUGUUUUAUUGAAGAAUAAAAAGAAACCUGUAUCUGUACAUGUGUCUGUUUAGUUGGCAAUAAGUUUUAUGUUAUUCAACAAUAAAAACUGACUUUUCCAUAAGCCAGCGACUUUCUUGUUUUACUCUUUUGUUUCUCUUUGACUUAGAAGAGAUAUUUGAUGAAAAAUUAAAAGAAUUUCUUUUUUUUUCCAUAUUAAUGAUAAAUUGGCCAUUUCCAAUUUUUCUUUUGCGGUUGUCUUUGAUAUUUAUAUUUCAUUCCAUUUGUUUUGAUUUAUUUCUAAAACGUUGAAAUUUGUUCAUUUUGUUGUUACUGAUUGUGCACAACUGUUACAUUUGAACUUCUAAAGCAAGGGGCUGUUAAGCCUGAAAUGUGUCAACAAGAAACUACCUCCCUUGUCACUUAGAUAUUGCUCACAGGUUUUAUGUAGUGUUGAGGAUUAAACCAUUAGAACUACUUAACAGUUCAAACAAGUACAUAUCCCUCCAGCAUCCAGGUGUACAUAUCCCUCCAACAUCCAGGUGUACAUAUCCCUCCAACAUCCAGGUGUACAUAUCCCUCCAGCAUCCAGGUGUACAUAUCCCUCCAACAUCAAGGGGUACAUAUCCCUCCAACAUCCAGGGGUACAUAUCCCUCCAACAUCCAGGGGUACAUAUCCCUCCAACAUCCAGUUAACAUAUCCCUCCAACAUCCAGUUAACAUAUCCCUCCAACAUCCAAGGGUGUUGACAAAUCUUGACCUUCCUAUGAUUGCAGGGUGGGUUUCUUGUUAAUACAAUUCUUUGCCAUGGUGUGUGGGAGAUCUCUUUUGAUACUACUGACCACAGUGUCUGCUUUGAUCAUAGGGACCACAGUGUGUGAGAUAUCUGCUUUUAUCCACAUAUGCUUAUAUAUGGAGAUAAGAUUAGGGACUUCGUUCUUAAACAUAGUAGAAAUAGAGAUAUAAUCUCUGUCUGAGCCAUGCUUUAAAAAUAUUAUUAUUUUUUUUGGUGUCAGUGUUAUUACACAACUUAAAUAAUAGAUUCCUGUUUUUAUUUCCUGAAAUAAAGAUCUCUAUUUAGAAAGGAACUGCUUCUCUGCUACCCUCCCACCUACCUCUUACAUUCUAACCCCCCUCCCCCCACUAUUUGAUUUAGCUUUAUUAGACUAAAAUUUGGCUUUCAAAAUCCCUGUGAUAUCUAGUUUGAUCUACAGGACAAGCAGAGAAAGGAAAGAAGUAAAAAAAAAAUGUUACAGGUCAGGAAAUAUUAUAGAUGUAGAGUGAUGACAGAUGUUUUAUUAUCUCUGAAAAUUAUCAGUGUCCAUGCUGGUUUUUUUUUUUUCAAACCCCAUAUAGCACAUGCUUUAUUAACUAAUGAAGAAACUGACAAAAUAUCACAAACAGGUUUAAACUUAACUACACCGCGAAAAAAAAAAUGUCUAAAAUUUUUAUGUGGUGGUGAAAAAAGAAAAAAAUACAAUUUUUGUUUCAUAGUUUUGAACAAAGGCAUGAAAAUUUUUUUUGAUGACUAUUACACUUUUUUUUUUUUUUGAUCCGUCACACUCACAUCUGUAUUUUUUUUCCCCUUCGAACAUUGUUUUCUUUCUUCUCUCUCUCUUGUCUUGUAGACGAGCGGAAAUACGUAUGCCAGUGCUGCGACCGGGCCUUUCGCCAACAGUCGCACCUUAACCAGCACUUCCGCAUACACACAGGUGAGCGACUCGUAGGAUGUCCACUGUGAUUCCCCGUUGUUCUGUCCCCAUUAAUUUUAUUCUGAUAGCAUUCCAAAUUUGGAUCAUUCUCAUUUUUUUUUUUUUUUUUUUUGCUCGGGACACUUGAUUUUUUUAUUUUUUUAAAAUUUUAUAAUUAGUUUUUUCCCCUUUGUUUUGUCCCCAUUAAUUUUUUUCUGAUUGCAUUCCAAAUUUGGUUCAUUCUCUUUUUUUUUUUUUUUUGUGUGCUCGGGACACUUGAUAUUUUUAUUUUUUAAAAAUUCUAUAAUUAGUUUAAAUGAUAGAGGCCCCGAUAAGUUCAAUUAUCUUUCCAAUAAUACACAAAAAAAAACUCUGUGUCCUGAAUAUUAUUUCCUCAGAAAAUAAGCCACAUAACCUCUGUCAAAUAAUUCACUAAUAUAUACAUUUUAGAUCUAUUAGCAUUUAUCCCCAAAAAAAUUCUUAAAUGAAUCUUCAUAUAUAUGUUAAAUUUUGAUGUUAUUGAUAAUUUGUUUUGACCCAACAGCCAUUGGUAUAGUGACAUGUCAAACACAAUGCAUUUUUUGAAUCAUCAGUUUGUUGUUAUUUCAAAUUUUAUGUCACUUUGCCUUUCCCUGAUCUGUCUUUUCAUGUUAUAUGUUUGAGCCUCAUAAAAUUUGAUUUCUUUUUUGGGCUCUUCUUAGCAACAUUGUGUGCAUUGUUCAUUAUUCAAUGAAUCGUAGUAAAAUAUAGUCUAUGAUCUAUGAUCAUUUUUACUUGGUCUCAAAUAAAAAAAAAAAGACAAUAGUUAAAUAUAAUCUAUAAACUACGAUUAUUUGUACUUGGUCUCCAAAUUUGAACACCAUUUUCUUCCAUUUACAGUUUUAAUGAAAUAUCUUCAAUGAAUAAGAAUGAUGAUCAUUGAUGUCUUUGAUUUUUGCAGGUCUCUACAAGACACCGUCAGGCUUUAGUGGAAUAAACAAAAUCUACUCUAGCAAUUGAAAUAUAUUUGGCUUUUGGGCUCUAGCGUUAGUAAAUUUUUUAAUUUUUAAAACAUAAAGGAAUAAAAAUGAUAACUUUAAAAAAAAAAUUUCUCCUUCCCUGCUGUUCAGGUGAGAAGCCGUACCGAUGUAAAUUUGAGAACUGUGAGCGGGCGUUUGCCCAGCUGUCCAACCUCCAGCACCACAUGAGGAACCACGACGACCAGGUCAAGAAGGAGGCGACCCGCAUACACAAGUGUCAGAUCUGCCACCGAUGCUACACCAAUGAGAGCAGCCUCAAGUCUCACACUCUGAAGGUCUGUAAACAGUUAUCGGAUACUCUGAUGUCAACGGAUGUAGUUUUCACUGGACUUAAAUUAACAAAUCGUAUUUCUUUGUGGUGGGCGUGCAAAAGUAGUUUAAAAUAAUAUGCUACGUUUAUAUUUGCUUGUUUUGCAUGGUUUUGAUAUAGGUAAUGGCGUCUAAUGUGUCGGUAAUGGCGACUAAUGUGUCGGUAAUGGCGACUAAUGUGUCGGACAACUUGUUAAAUUUUGGCACCACGCAAUGUCUCGGUGUUAACAGAAAAUUAUUUUAGAAUGAAAUAUGUUUCCACUAACCAAUUUAUUCAUCUAUAUGUUGAACUUUAUCAUGUUAUGGGAAUCCACUAAAUGUCAUCUUUCACUGAUGGUAAUUGGCAACUGUCACCAUAGGACAACCUUGACCCUAUGCUUUACUUAACUACACAAUAAAUGCAGAAAGACUAGCCAGGCUGAAAUAACUUUAUCUAGAAAAGAUAGCAUAUAUAGAUACCUUCUAAAACUGCAGCCACUUGCUGUUGUUUACUUUUUAAAAUAAUGUUAAUUUUAUCAUACACUUUAAAAAAAACAACAACUUAUCUUCUAUUUUCCCACAUGAAUCUCUAAUAGUUUAAAAUACUUCCUCGACAGAUGCACAUUCAUAUUAAGCCUAUAGACCAGCACCCAUUACCAGCGCCCAAGAAAAGACGCAAGCGCAAGAACAAGGAUCUGUACGGCGGGGCCCCCACAAUGGUGCCGGUGUCCUCGGCCGAUGGAUCGUUCAGCAGCGUCAUGCAGGGCAUGAAGGCGGGGGGCUCCCGGACGCGAAGCCCAACGUCCUCUGACGAUGAUGAAAUCAUAUUUGUUGGGGAACAGAUGGGUCCACCCAGGGUGGAUAACUUUGGAGGGG